ACGUUUCAUAUCACCAUAUAUCUUUUAAAUUGUAAGUUGUUUUAUUAAAUUUAUUUUUCUUUCGUAUAAAUGAUUAUCAUACUCAUUUACCUAAGUAAAAUUUUAUUGUCUGAAUAUACUUUCCACGUCGAUGCGGAAAAUGUUAAUACAAAGGAAAAGCUUAACACGACGGUUGUUAUUUUUGCAUUCAGUGGAUUACGAUGGGAUUUAAUGAAAGAAUUUGAUAUGUCAGGUUUACAAGAACUGGCAAACAAAGGUAUUUUGGUCAGCAGAAAAACUGACGCGUUUCAGACCGAGUCAUUGCCAUCGUUUAUCACCAUGUCAACUGGUAACUAUCCAGAAUCACACGGCAUCGUUUCAAACAUCAUGAUGGAUCUUUCAACAAAAGAAAUAUUUGAUGGAACUUCAAAAAAAUCGUCUUGGUGGAAAGAUGUUCAUCCCGUUUGGAUAGAAAAUCAAUUGCAAGGAAAGUUUAGCGCUCUUUGUUAUUGGCCGACACACAAAAUUAACUUUAACGGUUCUGAAAAAGUGACGUAUAGUUGCAACAACAGUAAAUAUAAAGAUCCUUUUGAGGAAUUACUGACAGGAAAAGACAACUUAGGUUUUGUAAUGCCGUUUGCUGAGAGAGUUGAACAAGUAAAAAAAUGGUUAAAUUUAAAAGUCAGAAGACCAACAUUUAUAGGUAUAUAUUUUGAAGAGCCAUAUUUCACUGUAUCAAAAUAUGGUUUUAAAUCAAACAAAACAAGAACAAUAAUGAGCGAAAUUAAUAAUUUGGUAAAGAAUUUUUCUUUAUAUUUGAGUGAUCAUAAUGAUAAAGAUAUAAAUAUUAUAGUGACAGGAGAAGCUGGUUUUACUGAGUUGCAUCGCAGUAAAGAAAUUUUUCUUGAUGAUUAUUUAGACAUCCCUUUUAAAAUAAUUGAUAAUGGCCCAAUUACGUCUGUUUUUGCUGAAGACCAGAGUACGCUGCUAAUUUUAACCGAAAAAUUGAAAAGAGCAAGUAAACAUAUGAAAUUAUACAACGGAUCACAAUUACCAGAUACUUUGCAUUUUUCAUAUUUAAAAAGAACGAUGCCAAUUGUAUUAGUUGCUGAAGAGCAUUGGCGAAUAUAUCCUAAAAGAAUUGUUGAUAAUAAAAAGGUGAUGAUGGGUUUCCAUGGUAAAUACCAGUCCACUCAUACGUUAUUCAUUUCUCAAGGACCUUCUUUUGUCGAAAACCUUAGUUUAGAGUCUAUAGGUAAUACGGAUAUAUAUGCCCUUGUUUGUCGGGUGUUAGGAAUAGAACCUAGAAUAAACAAAAGUAACAUGACAAUUGUCAAUCAAAUGCUUAGACAUGUCAUAAAGUACGAAGAAACAAAGAAAACGCACCAAAAAAAUAAAGAAAGCAUUGCCAAUAUAAAAAUAAACAAUCAAUCUAACAAAACACUUAAUAAUAGUCAACCAAAUUCACAUGUCGGAAAAGACUCUUGGAUAAAGUAUAUAUCUAAAAAAGUAACAACUCCUUUUCAAAUCACCAUUACUAUCAUUUUUUCAUUACUUAUUCUCUUUGGAGUAAUUUAUAUUGUUAUUUGUACAACAUUUAAAACAAUGUCUUGUUUCACAAAGAAAAAUGCUUUAGUUAGAGCAAACUUAUCAAUGCGUAUUGAUUUGAAGAAAACAAAAAACGUAAGCAAAGAUAUCCAACGAUUGCUACAAAGUGACGAUGAAGAAGAACUACCAAUCGAGUUAGAUAAGAAAUAAACAAAAAAUGUUUUUGAAAAUAUUUAACUAUAAGCAGCGAUUCAUAACACAACAUUUAUUGUAUUAAAUUUAACAAGCAAAUUUUAGGAAUUACAUAAAGAAAAUAAAAUGAAUAGAAAAAGAUUUCAUAUACACGCAAACAACUUUCUGGAAUAAUUUUUUACUUAUUUAGUUAUUAAUUAAUAACUAUGAAAGAGAAAGAGAAAAAAAAAAUCGUAUUGACAUUCUCUGCAAAUGGAAUUAGCAUUUUGAUAAAAAGUUCUUAAAAUUGUAUACUUUUGUAAAAUGUUUUUAGAAAUUUGUCUUGUCGUCA